GGCUCAGCUGUGUGAUCAAAAAUUAGAUAGAGGACUACACAAUAUAUUUUUAGAUUUUUGUUAAAAUGUGCUUUUAUUUUUGAAACCAUGUGAUAAAUAAUACUAAUUACAAUGGAAGACAAAACUCAAUUUAGUCUUGGCUACUCCACAAGAACUGCUUUAAUAAAAUUAAGAGAUGACAUUCGUCAUGUUAUUCAGGAACAUAAACAGAAAAACAAAUUAGGAUUUGGUGUUGUGAAAAAUAUCAUAUCAUUUUCAUCAGAAAAAGUCUUGCUGUCCGGUGUAGCGUAUACUAUAACAUUAAUUAAUAUUAUAUGCCUAAUAUUGACGUACAUAAUUGGAGAAAAUGCAUUUGCUCAAGGCUAUUUGCUGUGGGAAGCAUUAUUUUUGUUUAUUAUACUUGUUAUAAACUUUUUAGUAGCUCUCAAUGAAGAAUACUUACAUAGAAAUGAAAUACCUCAUAGAGUUAAUAAGGUUUUGGAAACAUUGGAUGAAGCAAUAGACAAGGCCUUGUGGAAAGAGAGUUACUAUCCACACUUAUGUGCUCCUUUUUCACCUUGUGUUAUAUUGCAAUGGACUUACAGGGAUGGUGCUAUAGUGAACUUGCCGUGGGCACUUCUAGUAAAGGGUGAUGUGAUCAUGCUGCGGCCUGGCCAGGAAGUUCCUGGGCACUGCCAGGGUCUUCAGCCUGAGGAUCCAGAAUUGUUUUUCGGCCAGGUUUUCCUGCCAGGAUCUCAGGAGGAUGAGAAGUUGAGUGUACCUCGGAUAAGGGAACCCCAUCAGAACAAAGCAUACAGGAUGUGUGAGACUCCGUACUUAAAGAACUUGAAACUUGCACUCGAACAAGCUACAACCCGUCCUGUGACGGUGUUCGAAAAGCAAAGGUAUUUGUGUACAGUGAAGAUAAUGGAAGGCAUCGUACUCCCGCUGGUGAUACUCCUCAUGGUGGUGGCGAGUUUCGUCCGGCACAUGUACAGCCUGCCCGGCGGCACGCACUGGACCGAGGUGUACCUGCUACAGACCAUCGCCGCGUCGCUGCCCCUGCUCCAGAUCAUAUUCCCCAUAGCAUGGGUCACGCUGAACUGUUAUGGGCUAGCCAGGUUCAAACUGCUUUCGGAGACUCGUCAGAAGUACACGCGGCCUAAAUCUUGCUCAAUAUCGGAAGACGCAAGCGACCCCCUUAUUAAAGCGCUGAGCGAGUCGAGCCUCGGCCCACAGACUAUAGGCUCCCUCGUUAGAACAUUCUGGAACAUUCUACGCGGAAAAGAGGAUAUGGUGACCAGGACGGCUAAUAUCGUGCAUGUGUUGGGGUCGCUCUCGGCGCUGUGUUGUGUGGACAAAAAGGGUAUACUGUCCUGGCCUAACCCGACAGCGGAGAAGGUGUUCUUCCUCCGCAACUCGAGUCCCUCCUCCAACAACACCAGCAAGACUAGCCUCGACUCCAUGGGUCAUCAGAGUCAGAACACGCUCAACCAGAUGAGCGAACAUAAGAACGAGCCGUCGACUAUUGUUGAGGUGCUGGACCUGACGCACGACCAGAAUGCGCCGUUCCGCGUGGAGUUCGACGAGCAGCGCUGGCGGCAGCACCUGGCGCGGCUCAAGCCGCUGGGGCUGGCGGCGCUGCUCAACACGUGCGCGCCCGCCCCCACGCACACGUAUGCGCACUUCUGCGCGCACCUCACGUGCGAGGCGCACCACAGUGAGGACCUGGUGCCUGUGACAAACCGCCGCUGCCUGUGCGAGCUGGCCAAGCAGAUCGGUUUCACCGACGCCGUCGCUAAAUCCUACACCGUGCAGGACUGCCUUGCCGUCUUCAGACAUCUACAGCCGGAGACGAUCCGGCGGGAGACGCGGUUCGCGCGCUCACUGCACCUGAGCACGCGCGUGAAGGUGCCGCUGCCGCACAUGCUGGCCGUGCUCGUCCGCGACCGCGCACACCAGCUGCAGAUGUUGUCGCAGGGUACAGCGGACAUAAUAUUAGAUUCGUGCGUUGACUACUGGAACGGCAAAGACCUAACUCCCAUAUCGCCAUCCGACCGCAAGAAAAUCAUUGAUUUCUACCAGAGAAACUCGCUCACUGCGUAUUGCACUGCAUUCGCGUACAAACCACUUACGCGUGGUAUCUGCAGUUCGCUGGCUCGCUCGUACUUGCAGCUGCCAGCGGAGCGGCGCGCACGCUCGCACACGCCCGCACCGCAUCAGUGGCAGGACGCACCAGCAUUGCAUUUCCAUUCUACCGAUUCGCUACUGUUCAAUGAGUUGACAGACGACGAUGUUAAAGAUGCGGACGGGUACUACGAUUUGCAGUGUAACCAGGUGUUCAUAGGCAUGGUGACGAUGCAGUACCAAGCUCAGAGCGAUAUGGUAGAACUAAUUGAGCGUCUGGAACGCGCCUGCAUUCGCUUCGUACACUUCAGCAAAGAGAACGAACUUCGCUCGCGUGUUUUCAGCGAGAAGAUGGGCCUCGAGUCCGGAUGGAACUGUCAUAUAUCGCUCAUGAGUGAGGAGCAGCCCAGCAAGCCUGGCUCGCCGCUGUCUCAGAGCGUACGCGGCGCGCGGCUCGCUCGCCCCGAGUCGGGCGACGCCAUUGCGUAUAGAGGGAACAUGACAGCGUCUAAGGCACUGUCUAUGUCUGCGCCUGGUGCUAUCAACUUGGAACAUACAACGGUGAAGUUUGACAACGAAGUAAAGAAGACGAGGCACUCCAUCACAGCUACUGUUAAGCGUGGCAGCAUAGCUCAGAGCCAGGCGUCGACGGACUCGCUCCUGGACGAGCCGGAGGAGGCGACGGGGGCGGAGUCCCCGUUGGACGCGUGCCGCUCCCUGUCCUGUCUCACUGACAGUACCGAUCACUCCGCACCGCUGAACUUCGAUAUGAGCAAUAGGGCGAAACUGCCCCGCGGCAUUGAGAACAUUCGACCGCACAUCGCGCAGGUGGACAACGUGCCGCUGCUCGUGUCGCUGUUCACCGACUGCACGCCGCGCUCCGUGCAGCAGAUGAUCGAGAUCAUGCAGGACUAUGGGGAGGUGGUAUGCGUGAUGGGGUCGGCCGCCAACUGUCAGAACAUGGAGAUAUUCAUGCAGGCAGACGCGAGUAUAGCGGUAGAGCCCCUCUACCCGGUGUUAUGUCAGAAGAUGCCGCCGUACCAGAUCCCGCCCGACUGCGUGGGGCCGAUAGAUCUGGCGCGUUCCCUCAACUCAGUACCUUGUUCGCUGUCGAUGUCGCGCGACGCGGACGUGUCGCUGUUCGCGCUGAUCACGAUGUCGCGCCACUACAUGAUGAGCCUGUGGAACUGUACGCAGUACUGGAUGUGCAGCUGCUGCUACAUCUCGCUCAUACAGGUGGCGUGCGCGUGCGUGGCUCUGCCGCACUUGAGCGGCCCGGGCGGCGCGCUGUGUGCGGCGGGUGCGGGCGCGCUGCUCGCCGCGUCGCUGCCCUUCGCCCCCGCGCACCCCGCGCUCAUGCUGCGCGCCGCGCCCCGCCCUGCGAGGGAUCUGCAGCCUAAAAUGGCGUUCUUCAUUUUCUGGUGCUACGCCUGCAAAUUCCUACCGUCGGCUAUAUUCAUAGUGGUGCUCUACGGGUUUACACUGCAAAGUUUCUGCGAGCAGAUCUCAAUAGCAAACUCGACGUCGUGCUGGCUGGUGUACCCCGUGAAUGUCGGCAACUUCACUUCGGAGCAAGAUUUAUCGACGCGAAGUUGGUACGGAUGGGGGGAUAUUUACUACGAUGGCUACUACUUGGCGCAACAUAUCGCGCUGGCAUUGACUAUAUUGCAUUUAAUUGUUAUUUCCAUUUCUUUUGUGCACCGACAAUCCUCUGUCUGGCAGAGGGGCUUCUGGACGAACCGGGUGUGGUGCGUUGUCGUAGCCGUGCUUAUAUGCGGGCAGUGCGUGCUAAGUGGUGUGACGCUGAGCGCUCGCAGCGCGUUUGCGGUGCGGUGGCCGCUCGCGGUGGCGUACGCGCUCUCCCUGGUGCUCGUGUUCGCCAUUAACGAGCUCAUCAAGUGGCACGAGAUUAAGGUGGACGCCCGCAAUCAAAGACGCGCAAGAUUGGACUUCGGUACUAAGUUGGGUAUGAACUCACCUUUUUGAAAACAUUUUGUAUUUACUGAUACUAGUCAAUGAGUGAAUUUAAUGCCAAAAUAACUGAAACGUGAGUGACGAAGCAAUUAUAGUUGUAAGAAUAAAUUGUACUUGACAUAUUGUACUCCUAUUUUGUACUUAAAUUAUAUUUUCAUUUUGUUAAAA